GAUGGUUCGCAUUUUGCGAAUUUUAAAGUGCGGUAUUUUUCCACCCAAGCUGACCCAUAUAUUGGGCCGGUCGACCUCGUGCAGGUCGUGAAAUCAGUAAACCGGGCCCUCCCCCCUUCCCCGCUACUCUUUACUGGCGUGAAAUUAAAAAAAAAGUGUCCGGAAGUUUCCCGAGCGGCGAAUACAAACAAAACAACAACAACAACAACAAAAACAAUAAGAGAAAACCAUUUAAAAAAACACCGUUCAACAAUUUCACGGGUUCGUCGCCUGCCAGCGCGUUGGCAUCUUUCGUGUACGGGCAGCUUCCCGUCAGCGUCAGCGCCGUGCUUUCCCGUGGCUUUAUGCAACUGGUCGCUACUGGUGCUUUCCCGCUCUCUCUCGGGGGUACUAAAGGAGAGGGGAGUGCAGGGUGGGAGCGCGGGCAACAACAACAACAACGGCACAAAGGUGUGUGUAACCACUCCGUUUUUGGAAUUGUGCAGCAGCAUCACGCCUAGCUUAACGCGUUUAACGCGCGAGCAGGAUAGAACAUAGAGAGAGAGAGCAGGGAGAAAGAGACAUAGCGCUCGCGCGCAAGAGAGUGAGCAAGACAGUCGCGAUGGGGGGAGAACUAACAAGCGUAUGAAAUGUACCGUACGGUCAUGCUCUCUCUCUCUUUCUCUUUCUCUCUCUCUCUCUCUCUCUCUCUAUUUUUCUUUCUCUCGCUCUCUCUCUCUCUGUAUGUCAGUGGACUAUUCCACCCUUCCCUUGCGUGUCCGGCGCGGGACUGGCACACGGUGGACGGUGGGUUUGGCUUGGGGGUUGUGUGCCUCCAGCAGUUUGGUCAUGCCACUGCCAAUUCAGCCCGCGUUUGGUGCGCUUAAGUGAAAGCGCUCUCCCGUCGUACCAGCGCCAAACCAAAGCCAAACCGCUCUUUCACCUGAAUCACCAUCACUGCGCAUCCCACUCCCUUCCCAUUUACUAAAAUCGAUCGUACCGCGCGACGUGUAGUGAAUGUCCUUCAAGCAGGGUGCGAGUUGGUUGUGUGUGUGUUUUUCUUAAUUUGUCAGCAAGCAACUGUUACAGUUGCGUUGUGCGGUGCAGUGUGGGAGCAAUUGUGUGACCCGCUAGUCGGCAAACGCUUGGUGGUGUCGUGUGCGAUCGUCGCGUACGCGAAUCAGUUAAUUGUGGUCCGUUAUUGCAGUUCGAUUUAUGGAUAGACGCAUCUGUGGCGGCCGUGCUCUGUGUGCCGUCGCUCCCUGAACCGCCCUGCACGGGACCUGUGCAACGCAACGCCGCUAAAACAGAUGGCUCGGCUAGUGUGGGCCUUCCUGCUGCUGGUGGCGUGCACCUGCAGCAGCACGCACGCCAACGAACCGUCCGCCAAAUCACUACAACAACCGCAGCAGCAGCUGCUGUCCCGGCGUGACGCCUUCGAGCUGGCCCAGGAGCGGGAGCAGGUGCUGGCCGCCCAGCAGUCGAUCGCGUCCUGGCGCCAAACGCUGCACCAGCAUGGCCGCCCGGCUGGGGACGAGCCGGGUACAGCCGACCCGCACGACGAGUCGGAGCUGCAGCGUCCCGAGCAGCACCGGCGCCGCCGCCGCCGCAAGCGGGCCGACCCUAAGGAGGGCGGCCUGCGGAACGAAACGCUCGGUCCGGACGCGCCCACCGACCCGGACGACGGUGGGGACGAUCCGGACACGUCCGUCGUCUGCUACGGGCCGCUCGGGUGCUUCCACGAGACGGAGCACCUGCCGGAGAUGCUGCCAUCCUCGCCGGCGGAGGUCAGCACGCGCUUCCUGGUGUACACCACCACCCACCGCAGCGAAAAGCCGCUGAUCGAGUUCACGUACGAGGAGCUGGUGGUGGCCGGGUUCGGUGCCGCCUACUGGGCGAACGGGACGAACGACACCGUCUCGAUCCCGGUCGCGACCGGCAUGUCCUCCACGCUGCUGCAAACGUUCGGCGACCUGAGCAACCGGACGGUGCGCGUGAUCGUGCACGGGUUCGGCUCCAACUGUGGCCUGGUGUGGAUCUACGAGAUGCGCACCGCCCUGAUGGCAGUGGAAAACUGUACCGUGAUCUGCGUCGACUGGGAGAAUGGCGCGAAGCUGCCGAAUUACGUGCGCGCCGCCGCCAACACGCGGCUGGUCGGGCGGCAAUUAGCGCUGCUGUUGCGGCUGCUCCGCACGCACAACGGGCUGCGGUUGUCGCGCGUGCACCUGAUCGGCUUCAGCCUCGGGUCGCACGUGGCCGGCUUUGCCGGGGCCGAAUUCUCCACCCCAUCGGAGCAGGAGGAGCAGCUGGGAAAGGAAGAGGAGGAGCAGAAGAAGGAGAAAGAGGUGGAGGAGGAGCACGAGGAGGAGGCGAAUGCCGAUGAGUUGCAGCGUACGGCGCGGGCGGGCAACCCCUCGGCGCACCCGGGCACGGAGCGGCCCGCCAGCCGGGCUGGGCUGUGGAGAAUAACGGGGCUGGAUCCGGCGGGGCCGCUGUUCGAGGCACAGCCGCCCGAGGUGCGGCUGGACGCGGGGGACGCCCGGUACGUGGACGUGAUCCACUCGAACGGCGAGAACCUCAUACUCGGCGGGCUCGGCUCGUGGCAGCCGAUGGGCACGGUCGACUACUACCCGAACGGGGGGCGGGUGCAGCACGGCUGCACCAAUCUGUUCGUCGGCGCCGUCACGGACAUUAUCUGGGCACCGCCGACGACGGUCGAGGGUCGGUCGCUGUGCAAUCACCGGCGGGCGUACAAGUUCUUCAUCGACUCGGUCGCGCCGCGCUGCCACUUUCCCGCCUUCCCGUGCGAAAGCUACGACCAGUUCGCGGCGGGCGAGUGCUUCGACUGCGGCAACGGGACGGCCCGGUCCGCCUGCGGCCGCAUGGGCUAUUACGCGACCAGCCGGGACGUGGGCGGGUACGGCCAGCUGUACCUGCGCACGCGCGACGAGGAGCCGUACUGCGCGAACCAGUUCCGGUUGCGGCUGCGUAACGCGCCGGACGAGCUGCCGCUGCGCACGGUCGGCCGGUUCGAGCUGACGCUCGAGGGCGGCGACACCGGCAACGGCAUCGAGGACGGGCAGCCGAGCGGCGGUGGGGCCGCCGCCGCCGCCCCGCCCCUGCUCACCUUCAACGAGACGUUCCAUCUGGACGAGGCGCGGGAGGACCGCGAGUUCCAUGCCGGCCAGUGGCUGACGACGAUACUGGUGCCGCAUCCGGCGCUGGGGCACCGGCCGCGGGCCCUCACCAUCACGUACCGGCCGUACCGGGGCGGCUGGUGGCAGCGCUCGAGCGUCGGCAAGCAGCUGUGGCGCAUCGGCCCGAUACUGCUGACCGCGGACGACCAGCGGACGUACGGGUCGUGCGCGACGCUCACGCUGCAGGCGGACGUGCCGGUGCGCAUCGAGCUGCAGUCGAUACUGCUGCACACGCUGGACGAACCGGACGAGGACGGCAUCGAGUGCCGGGCGGCCGAAGAGCUGAACCACCCAGCGCACACCGCCCACACCGCCGGCGGGGCUAGCGGACCGGCGGCAGCAGCAGCACCGCCGCCAGCACCACCCAAGCCACCGAAAAGCUCGAUCGACGAGCUGUCGGUGGGCGGCCCGAAGCAUCCCGCCGGGCACGACCACUUCUCCUGGACGCCGGUCGCGAUCAGCAUACCGCGCCACUCGCCCCAGCCCGUGCACGUCAACGAGAAGCGCUCCUUCUCCGACGCCCUGCUGCCCGCCCAGCAGGAGCAGCCGGAUUCGACGGCCGCCGGCCAGCAGCCGCUGCUGCCACCGACCGCCCAAACCGUGCAGCUGUUUCCCUCCCGGCUGGUGUCGUUCUUCGAGCGGGCGGAGCGGUACGCCCGCCGCACCUGGGACGCCCUGUUCAGCGGCAACGGGACGGACGGGGCGAACGCCCUCCUGCCCAAGCUGGCGGCGCCGCCCGACGCCGCCGACGAAGCGACGGUUGCGACGAGCGUCCCCGAGCUGCUGCUGAUGUCGCCCGCCCGCCACUCGGAGGCCAGUGGCGCACCGCCCCCUGCCACCGGCAGCAGUCCGGCCCCAGGGACAAGCACGCCGCCGCCGCCGCCAACCGAGCCCGCCACCAGCACCGAGAUACGGAUCGCACUGCCCACCUUCCGGCCGAUGGGGCGCACGCUGGCACCGGACGGGGCGGUCGGCAGCGGCCGCCAGCACUACACCCGCUUCAUACCGCUCGUGUACGAGGAGGGCAGGGACGCGGUUGCCGCCAGUACGGCCGGCGCACGGAAGGCGGCCGCCCGAUCGCGCUAAAGCGCCCAGCCUCAUGGGCGGCAACCUUUUCUUUUACGAUGUGAUAGCAUUUUCCCUUUUGUUUCUUCACCGCCCACCCCCCCUGUAAACCAAACACAUACACAUACACACUGCCCACGCAUACAUUCAUCUACGGAAUAUGUUUGUUUGUUUGUUUUUUUUAUACAUGUAUACAACCUAUUUACAAGUUAGGAUUACUUUAUUAGUUAGAGACGGGCGGAGAUCUGGUGCCCGCGCUAGUGUGUGUGUGUGUUCGUGUGCGCGUGUGUGUGUGAGUGUGUGAGUGUGCGUUCCCGCUCGACGAUACCCCGCUACUGGCGGUUCCUAGUUGUUAUGUAAUUAUGCUUCUAUUUUUUUUUUGUCCUGUGUAACUGCAACGAACGUGCAUAUGAAGCGAAAUAAAGAAUUUCAUAUAU